AUGUCAGACUACUUACCUUUUGAACUUCAAGUACAAAUCAUUAAAAGACUUCCAGUUAAGCCAGUUCUUCAAUUCAGAUCUGUCUCAAAACGAUGGAAGGCUUUGAUCGACAGUUCUGAGUUUAUUGCUGCUCACAGUGUCGGCCAUACUCAGCUGAACCGUCUUCUUGUCUGCUCUCAAGGUUUGUUGUGCUUGUACGAUUCUUAUCGUGAUGAGUCUUUAGACAAGUCUGGAAUAACGAUGGCUGUUCUUUGGAAUCCUUCGAUUAGAAAGUCAGUUCGCAUAGUUGUGCCUGGUGUGUUACAUUGGCGAUUUCUCCACACUGUUCUUGGUUUUGGUGUAUCUCCCAUCACUAGUGACCCUACGAUUGUGAAAAUUACAAAUCUUGGCAUGGAUAUGAAAAGUAAGGCUAGCGUGGAAAUUGAGGUUUUUACAUUGAGCACAGGUAUUUGGAGUGUUCCUUCUAGCAAACUUCCUGAUAAACCGGUUUCAGUUACAUGGAGUCGGGAAGCUAUAGAUAAGUUCAUUUAUUGGUUUGGUUACUAUCCGCUCGAUGACUAUAGUGAUGGUCUCGGUGAAAAUAAGCUGAUUAUGUCAUUUGAUAUGAUUACCCAAGAAAUCAGUCUGAUAGACUUACCAAAUUGUUUUACACAUCAGUCCUCAUCAAAAUUUUCCAUUUCUAAGGUAAGGGGUUCUCAUGCGCUGGUUGAAUACAGUACUACAAACAACGAGAAACAAGACUGUGUUGUGUGGAUGAUGAAUCAUGGUGUUCCGGUUUCUUUUACAAAGUUGUUCACUAUUAAUACGCCAUAUGCAUUAAUAAACAUUUUGGGAUUUAUGAAGAGUGGUGGACCAAUAAUGGAAACCCAUGAUGAAUUUGGAGAACCAACUGCAUUUGUUUUCUAUGAACCCGGUUCGAAAGACUUCAAGUAUACAUCAUUUUAUUCAGAUUAUGGUUCAUUUUUUGUCGACUCUUACAUGGAAACCCUACUUUUGCUUGAUCAGCCGGAUUCUAGUGUUUAUCCUAUUGUUAACUGA